AAUUAAUAACAAUAAAAUGUUUAAGCGAAUCGAAUGAAUUCCUUAAAAACUUUAUUUAGCAAUUUUUCAAGUAAAUUUGUAAAAAGUUAAAGGCACUGAUUGUGUCACACCUGUAAAGUCUCUACUCAAUACUUAAGAAGUAUUUAGAUAAAAUGUGGAACUUCAAAGAUUCUGCAGCACAUUUAUAUAGGCAAUAUGAGCUUAUCACCUGCAUCAAUAUGUUCGAACCGUGGGAGAAGAAGCUAAUUAAUGGAAUUGUCUUGCUAAUGUUUGUGCUCUUGAUCUUCUCGAGCUGCGUCUAUUUGCCCAGCUACAUGGACUCGCUGCUUGAGGUGAUAAGACCAGCAGCUGGAUCCACUAAGGUGGAAGAUCUAACAUAUGUGCCACAGAGAAUUAGCAGCAUGUAAGACAUGCAAUGCGAUACAC